AUGAACUCUUCUGAUUUAGAUGUUGAUGACCGUAUUGAAUCGACCGGGUGUAAAAAGGAAUACGACCUUCUUCAAGAGUGUAUAGAUUUGUAUAACAGGUACCGCUUACACAUAUUACAAAUCCAUUCAUUAUUACACCAUCAAACAACCAUUAUUUAA